AUGGCCACUCGUUUCUUGGGCAGAUAUGUCCGCCUGCUCUGCAGGGGUUCUCCCCAGACCUCGGCUGCCUGCUUGCCUCUAUCGGCCGCUGUUCUGGCUAAAUUGCAGAGGGCUCAGUGUCGGCCAUGGGAGCGGUCAAUGUGUGAGAGACGGGUGCUGCCAAAAGACGACGUAGAUUUCAACAUGCCAACUCGCACUAAGCUGGAUGACAUGUUGGAAAAGGCUGCAGUGCCCGAGGAUGUCCUUCAUGCGUGGGAACAACAUGGAGGAAAUGGUAAUCAAGCCGCACGUACUGUUUUGGCGUGGGCAAAGAUGGUGCAGCGGACACAAGGGAAAUUUCACUCAGAGCUUGUCAAGGACCCAAGGCUGCGGGACAUGAUGGAUUCUAUAAGUCAGCAGAUAUCAACAGUUUGGAACGGCACUCUUGUGUCUGUCUUGCGGGCUCUUUGGGUGAUCGGGGUCCUUAACACCGAUCCGGUAUUGGGAUCCGUCCAAACAGAGGUCCUGUGGCGAAUCCGCCGGUUAAGUUACAAGCAGCUAGGCUUCCUGGUGGAGUGGGGCGCUGGCAGGAAAGCACAGCAAGAUAUGACCAUAGUGACUGCAGCCCUAAAACAACUGGAACUGCGUUGGACUGAAAUCUCUGAUGCCAAAACUGUCAGCGCGCUGAUUUCCAAAGGACAACAUGUGUCACCUGUCUUGAUGGACAGACUAGAGGACAAGGCUUUGGAGCUCGCUGAAGGCUUUUCAGCAGCAGAAAUUUGCAAAGUGUGCGUGUCUUUAGCAGUGCUGGGCCGACGGUCUGUGCCCCUUCUCAGGGCUUUGUCCUACCACCUCCUCCAGAGACCCUCAUCAGAAUUCACCACUCCGCUGAUACUGGAUAUGGCCUUUGCAUAUGGUAAACUGAGUUUCCACCAGUCCCAAGUGUUUCAGCGAAUGGCUUCCGAGUUGCUGCCCAGAGUCUCGGAACUGACCUCCACCGAUGUCACCCGUUUUGCAAAGUCAAUGGGCUUCCUCAAAUGGGUUCACAUCCUGCUUUUUGAGGCCUUUGCAGAACACUACAUGGAGUACUGCAAGAAGUACAGCUGUCUGCAGCUAUGUAACAUACUCAUGACGUUUGCCAGACUGGGUUUCCAGCCUAGUAAAGGAGAAGAGUUCUAUUCCAAGGUUCAUCCCGUGCUGGAGAAUUCCCUCCCAGGCCUUGAGCCUUUCCUUCAGACGGAUGUCGUAUGGUCUUUGUGCGUGUUACAGCAGGCCAGGCCUCAGUAUCUCAUCCCGCUCCUCCAGCAGGAACACGUUGCUAAGCUGUCAGAUGGCAGUUCACUUCGAGUAGGGAAUUACAGACUAAAGCUCCUUCACCUCGCUGCCACAUUGCACUUGGAGCAUCCUGGAUACUCUUCUUCCCACAUGGACCCUCUGCCUUUCCCGGCUAGUACCUCAGUGCUCUCCCCACUGCAGAGCAGCCUGAGAGAGGCUUUGGACACUUUGGUCGAGGGAAAGGCAGAGAUGCAUCGUACAGGUGUCAACACUGUGUACGGAUGGACUAUUGAAUGUGAAAUGGUCGUAGAUAAUGACAACAGGCCCAUUGACUUAUCCCAGCUAAGAGCGCCUCAUCUUCCGACUGGAGGUAGAAAGCAAGCACUACCUGAAGGAGCGCGGCGGAUCGCAUUUGUAGCAUGGGAAUUCCCCAACUUUCUCUCAAAGAGUAAAGACCUUCUGGGACGGUUCACCAUGAUGAAGAGACACUUGCAACUGUCUGGCUUUAUCAUAGUGGAAGUCCCUUAUUACGAGUGGUUGGAGUUGAAGACGGAGCAUCAAAAGUUGGCAUAUUUAAAGGAUAAGAUGGGCAAAGCUGUGGCUGAAGACAUGGCCAAGUAA